AAGUGUCUUGAUCUCCAGCGUUUCCAGUCAGGUGACCGGAAAUGACUGUUCAGCACGAACAUGGCGGAGGAGCAACAGCAAGAGGUUUCUGCAAAAGAGGCUGAUGGGCUAACUUGUCUUGCAUAUGAUGAAGCCAUUAUUGCACAGCAGGAUAAGAUACAGCAAGAGAUAGCCACCAGUAUUGCUCUGGUGUCCGAAAGACAAGACCUGGCUAUCCUUAAGAGAGAAUAUGCUGAAGAUGACGCCAUUUACCAGCAGAAGAUAAGAGAUUUACAAAAGAAAUACACAUCUGUACGAAAAACGCGACCAGAUGGAAACUGUUUCUAUAGAGCCUUUGGUUUCUCACAUCUGGAGUCUUUACUUGAUGACAGCAAAGAAUUACACAGGUUCAAGGCAGUUGCAGCCAAAAGUAAACUGGAUCUGGUGAGCCAAGGUUUCACAGAAUUCACCAUUGAAGAUUUUCACAACACAUUCAUGGACCUGAUUGAGGCAUGUGAUAAACAAACAUCUGUAGGCGAGCUGGUCAACUCUUUUAAUGAGCAAAGUGUGUCAGAUUAUCUCGUCGUGUACCUGCGGCUGGUGACAUCUGGCUACCUGCAGAGAGAGGAAGAGUUUUUCCAGCACUUCAUAGAGGGCGGUCGUACGGUUCGGGAGUUUUGCCAACAGGAGGUGGAGCCAAUGUCCAAAGAGAGUGACCACAUUCACAUCAUAGCUCUGGCUCAGGCCUUAAAUGUCUGUAUCCAGGUAGAGUACAUGGACAGAGGAGAAGGAGGAACGGUCAAUCAUCACAUCUUCCCGGAAGAUGGUGAACCCAGGAUUUUCCUCCUGUACCGACCGGGCCACUAUGACAUCCUUUACAAAUAGCAAUUCUGCACAUGUUGGCUGUUAAUGCCUCAUUUGUCUUAGUGCUGUGGGUUUGACUCGACUCUAUAAACCUGUAAAAUGUGAACACGAGUGCACAGACGCUCAAUGUUGCAAAUUUCUCUAUAAAACCCCAAAGACUCGGAUGCAGAAUUUUGGAUCUUCUGUGAUACCAGGCACUGGACAUUGUACAGUUUUCUUUGUAUAACCUGCAACAUUUUUGUUCCGGUUGUAUUUACAAUAUAUUGUUAUUUUGUUUAGUUUCUUUUCUUGUAGUUAAAGACAACCUGUCAUUUGUGAUGGGAAUUAAAUUGCUUUAUUUUGUGAGUGUAUUUGACUUUCAUGAGAAUAAAAAAUGAGCAGUAGCCAUA